UAUGGAACUGCCGUGCCAUCUAUCAAUUUAUUUUAUUUCCCCCAGUUCGAUUCUGGCCAACAUGGCGGCUUGAGUCAAUAGAUCAGUGUGUUGAUACCGUCUGUGUUGAUCAAAAUAUCGGCGGUUUUUUGUAUUAAAUCUUUAAUUUUCGUUAGGAAAACCUUAUAAUAUAGUGUCAAGAACAAUAUCCAUACAUUCACAGUGUGUUUCCAGUGCCCGGUUAAAGGAAAUAAGAUGUAAAAUGAUAUUCGUUGGCGGAUAGCCGGUAAUCUCCGCACCCUUCAGAUAAGGGGAACCAACGGAUCGGGUGCAAUGGGGAACUGCUGCUGUUGCAGAUCCUCUGCAGACCCAAAAACCAAAUAUGGUAAUAUUCAUGGAUACCCAGUUUACAAAACCGAAAUUAACACAGACGUAAUAAGGGCUCCGACAACACACGCUCCCGCGAGCAAACUGCCAAAACCGAUACAUCCAGUGAUACAGACACCAGUCACCCCAACUCGACCGAAGAUUGUCGUGGGAGUUUAUAAAUAUGAAGCUAGGGACUCACAGGAUCUUUCCUUCGACAAAGGAGACCGCAUGGAAGUUCUCGACGAAUCUGACCAGGAUUGGCUGUUUGUCGAGCAUCUCAUUACUGGCCAUAAAGGAUUUAUUCCAGGCAACUUUGUGGCUCCGGAGCUGAGCGUGGAGAGUGAAGAUUGGUUCUUUGAGAACAUUUCCCGGAAAGAAGCAGAAAAACUCCUACUGGGCGACGAAAGUCAACCUCGAGGCACUUUUCUGAUCCGUCCCUCGGAACAUAACCCUAACGGUUACUCUCUCUCCGUGAAAGAUUGGGAAGUGCAUCGCGGUUACCACGUGAAACAUUACAAAAUCAAACCGCUGGACAACGGAGGCUUUUACAUUUCUACCAAUAAGACUUACGAGUCCUUGCCCGAGCUAGUGCUUGCUUAUAGCAAAAAUGCUCUUGGGUUGUGCCAUGUUUUAUCCAAACCAUGUAGGAAACCUGAACCCACUAUGUGGGAUCUUGCACCGACUUACAGAGAUAAAUGGGAGAUAUCUAGGGAUGAGAUUCAAUUGUUGCGAAGGCUUGGUCGUGGCAAUUUUGGAGAAGUUUUCUUUGGAAAAUGGAAGAAUCAGUAUGAGGUGGCGGUAAAGACAUUACGAGAGGGCACCAUGUCCACGCAAGCUUUCUUACAAGAGGCGGCUAUCAUGAAAAAAUUCCGUCAUAAAAGACUGGUGGCCCUUUACGGCAUAUGCAGCGAACAAGAACCAGUCUACAUAGUCCAAGAGUACAUGUCGAAAGGCAGCCUACUCGAUUUCCUCCGUAAAGACGAGGGCAAACUGUUAGAAUUCGAAGACCUGAUCUACAUAGCGUUUCAAGUAGCCUCCGGUAUGGAAUACCUCGAGUCCAAGCAGCUGAUUCACAGAGACUUGGCCGCCCGCAACGUGCUGAUCGGCGAAAAUAACAUCGCGAAAAUUUGCGAUUUCGGUUUGGCUAGGGUGAUCGAGGACAACGAGUAUUGCCCGAAACAAGGCAGCAGGUUCCCGGUUAAAUGGACCGCUCCGGAAGCCAUAGUUUACGGAAAGUUCUCGAUUAAAUCGGACGUGUGGUCUUACGGUAUAUUACUGAUGGAACUGUUUACUUACGGUCAGGUUCCUUAUCCGGGAAUGCACGGUAGGGAAGUGAUCGAGCUGGUCGAGCAGGGAUAUCGUAUGCCGAAACCGACUUCGCAUAAUUUACCCGACGAAAUCUAUCAGAUUAUGUUGAAGUGUUGGGAUACGAUCGCGGAAGCGAGACCGACAUUCGAGUUCCUUACGCAUUAUUUCGAGAGGUUUAAUGUGACGAGUGAGGUGCCUUACAGAGAGGUGCCCGAUUAAAGGUCGAUACGGUAAGAUAGGGUUUUGAGUCGAUGUUUUCGUUUGGGGAGGUUGUUUUUGAGGUUAAUUUGGUGCAGUGGACAGGCUUAAGCUAUCAAUAUUCCAUAUGUAAAGACUGACUUACAUGUUAAAUGGGGGUUUUCGCAUGUGCCGGUGUACAGUAGUUUUUUAUUAUGUUUAGUGCGCGUAUUUUUUUGCCCUCGUAAAUAAGAAAGCUGUAUGUGCAAAAUAGCCAUUUUGAGAAAUUCUUAGCCCUCAAAUGUUAUAUGUUGCAUGACCUAAGAGUAAAAAGUCUGCAGGAUUUACCAUUGUACACUAUAGAAUUAGCCAUUAUGCAGUUAGGUUCGAUCAAUCCUUUUCGAGUUACUUGCAUUCAAACAAUUAAAUUGUUUAUCACUUUUUUUUUUGCCUGUUCUGAUCUGAAAAAAUAAUUAUCAAAAUUGUGUUCAACAUCGCAAAAAAACAUAAAAUGAGAUGCUUUUCAGCCAUCCCACUAAAUUUUGUUACUUGUUCUUAGCGAAUGGACUAGUAGCACUUAGAGUCUUUCAUUUAUCAGGGCAAAAAUGUGAUAAAUUUCAUAUGAUUCUUUCAAUGUUUUUCGUUCAAAUCAAUCUAUAAGUUAAUUACACAUGACACCAAAUUGGCCCAAACUCGACAAACCCUUGGUAAAACUUCAAAUAAAAAACCGAAGGAUCUCACUUUAGAGUAGAAACGAACAAUAAUUAAAUAUUAUUCUAAAGAAACCGUUCCAAGUUUGAUGUAGAGUGCUUUUCGAUUUUGUUCCGUUGCGUUUCACUUCUUCACUGUGUUUGUGAUAUUUUUAUUUCUUAAUUUUUAGUUGUUUAAUCAAGUGGUCGGCUAGUCUUCAGAACAAUAAUCGUUAGGGAACGUUUUAAUUUCGGGAGGAUUUUUCUACGAGCUUACUACAAUUUACAACUAAAUAUGACCUAAACACAGAAAUGGUUAAAAGUUUUUGGUAAUUCGGUUAAAUUGAAUUGAACAGUGAAUUUUUCAAAAUAUCUUUGAAUUUUUCAGAUAUUUUGGAAACCUGUAGAAAUUUCAUUAUUAAGACAACUCUUGCAUAUUAAACAGAUUUUGCGACAAAUAAUUAAUCAAUUUCAAUAACAGGCAAUUCAGUAAUUUAACUCUUUUAGUAAGGUACUGUUGGGUAAUAAGGCCGGGUUAAGAAAAAUAUUUUUGUUAUAACCAAAUAAAAAAUAUUUUUAUUACAAAGUAAGAUACAAAAGAUAAAUCAACAUGUAUUCUUUUAAAAAACAUAACUAAAAAAUGAAAACAAGAAUUUUUAAACAUUCAUAAUGCAAAAAAAUAAAAACAACUCUUUUGGCCUUAUUACCAGCAUAGGCAGGUAAUAUGGCCACGGAGUAAAAUUUGUAGCAGGUAAUAAGGCCGAUUUUUAAAAAUUUCCUCAGGGCAUGCAUUCAGGGCAAAUAAAUGCUUCUUUAUCUUCAACUGUUAGUCCAACACAUUCUUCGUGAACCCAAGUACCACAAGAUGAACAUGCUCUCAUAUCGGCUACAAAGUCAAGCAGGCAAACAGAACACAUCCAUACAGCUGAAAGGCUCGUAGUUGGCGUAUUGGCGGACUUCCUCUUCAUAACAGAACCCUUUUUUGAGAUAUUGGUAACCUUCUUACCAGAACUACGAUCCUUAAAUAUGUGCCUUUUGACCUCUUGAGCACGAUAAUUCAAAGCCUUUCUUCGAUUGGAGGUUUUUAUUGGUGCCAUAUCAGGUGUAACUAAAACUUCAGAGAAAGAGUUUUGAUGUGAAGUUUCUCCUUUUUCAGCUAAAUCUUCUGACUGAGUUGAUUGAGACUGAGACUGAUCUGCAGGGCUGGUACUGGAAUGUACUGUUGAAUUAUCCUUAGUUGUCUUAAAUAAUGUUGCUAAUGGAAUAUCAUCUUCCGAAUCCCAAAGUUCUUCCCUUACUAUGGCACUUUCCUCACUAUUUUCAGCUGCAAUAUUUUGACCACGAUGAGUUGGAAGACUUGGGGCGAAUGCAUGUUCAGGAAUGGCGUUUCUACUGAACGGGUAGAUACCAGUUGAUCUAAAACCAUUGCAGAUGUUAUUAAUAGUCAUGCACUUUCCCUAGACUGGCGUGAAUACAUCAGAAAAUCUCUCUUUACUCAACCUUCUAUCAGGAUGUUGACUCCAAUAUUCAAGAAGCUGUUGAUCCCAGUGGGAUUCAAAAGACCGGAAAACGGAUUUGUCCAUUGGCUGGAGCUCGUGAGUCGUAUUACUGGGUAGGCAUAAAAGCUCAAUUCCUAAAGUUUCUGCCUUUUCAGCAAUGGACUCAUCUAGGUGACUUGACGCUCCAUCAAAAAUUAAAAUUGUUGGAGGGGAAGACAUAAAUUGUGAGAAGUGCUCCAGCCAUUUGAUAAAUAUCUCAGUCGUCAUGCUGCCCUUUGCGGUCAUGUGUACAGCUGAGCCUGCUGGUAAACCAUCAGAAUAGCAAGGUUUUCCACGUUGCCCUUUGAAUAAAAUCAUAGGUGGUAUGACAUGGCCUAGGGCAUUUGCACAAGCGACUACUGUGACGUUUUCCGCAUGUUCAGGCGCCACUAAGUGCACUCUUUUGGCACCUUUUUGGGCUAGUACUAGCUGCUGGUGAUGAAGGGUUAAUCUGCAACCCUUCUCAUCCAUGUUGUAAAUUUUUUCGGGGCUAUGUUUUAAUCCGGUUCUACACAGCAGAGCAUCCAAUUUAUCAAAAUAAUCAUUUACAAUGAAAUGAUUCAAUUUCUGAGCUCGGGCAGGAUUUAAUUGCUGUGCUUUGCGUUGAGCUAUUUGUGGAUGACGUCUUAGAAAGGCACGGUACCAUUCUUUACCCGCCAAUUUUUUUUCCCGGUUAAAUUUAUGUUAAACGCUCAUUUUCUCACAAUAAUUUAAAACACUUCGGCGUAAAACUUUCGAAGUUAACGGAAAGCCUCUGCUAGAAAAUCUCAAUAUUUUCCUUUCUAAGUCGGUUUACUGUUCCAUAUUUAAUACUGGUUUUGCUCCCAAUGACCUGUUUGAGGAACCGGAUUUAAGGUGAUUCCUUAAGGUACGACGCGGAAUCCCAGAUUGCUGUUCCACCCAUUCUUGAGACCGACCACUCCUUAAUAGCUGAAGGGCCUCUUCCAUCAUUUCUUCGGUCCAAUUUGCUCGUAUUCCUCGAUUUUUUUUCCCCAUAACUGAAAAAUAAAAAAGUAUUUUCUACUGCGUAUGUAGGAGACAGAUAAUAUGGCCGGAACAUUAUAGCUACAGCUAUAAUACUUACCUAAGCUAGAAAACUGCUCCGCGCUGUAACUGUUGCUGACACGUUGGUAUAAAAAACUAUUUUCUAAGACUUCCGCAGGAAUCCUACAUGGAAAAACAACUUUUAGACCAUCUUGUAAUAGGCCUUAUUACCUGGCUAGAAACUUAAAGGUAACCAUUUCGGCAGGCAAUAAGGCCGGGAGCUCAUUGCAUUGAGAUAAGGUGGGAAAUUUCUUUAAAAAAAUAUAUAAGUAAGUAAAAAAUAUAUAAGUAAUGGGAUUAUUUUUUUAAGACUUUUGCCAGCGUACAAUACUCAGCGUAACAAUACUCUAAUCAAACUACCAAAAAAUGUUACUCACCUUUUGCAGGUAUUUUUUACAACACGGGCACGAAAACACUUCCAAAUUUUUAAACACGUGCAUGUAGGUAAAUGGAGGAAUGUAGGUAAAUGUAGCUCGCAAAGCGCCAACUGUUUUGUGUUAGAUCUGUCUACACCUAGAUGGUGCCACUAGGACCACAGAAUAUUAAGGUAUCCGUUGGGAUAACUUUGGCUUUAUUACCUGCCCGGCCUUAUUACCCAACAGUACCUUAUAUUUGUAUAUAUAAAGGGUCCUUUCCCAGGGACCCUUUGGGUGCCACGAAGAUACAAUUACAUAAUUACAGCAGAAAAAAAAUUAAACUAGACUGCAAUUUACAUAAUUUAGGGUAAGCCUGGGAGAGAUGGACCCGGUUUUUUCUAAGCUUGGUAAAUCGUACUUAAAGAGUAUUAGUAGAAAUAAAAAAAUAUGCAUACAAAAUUUGUUCAAGCAAAGAUAAUACUUAUUAUUGUUAUUAAUGUUUUAAAUUUUUUAUACAAUGGUUUAUUUGAAGUAGUGUAAGGGUGAAAUGGACCAUACAAUCGGGAGUGAUGUGAACAUUUAGAAAUAGUUUUAAAUGAAAACAAACACCUUGAGAAAUACAUUUUAUUGCAACAUAUAUGUGGUAACAUAUAUGGUGACUAACAUUAAAAAACUAACAUUAACAACUUAAAAGUGAAACUUUUCCUUUUUAAAAACUUUCUACUAAAUUUUGUUUGCUUUGGUUAUUUCUCCUCUCGUUCCGUAGUAAUCACAUUUGCUUUCAUAUCUAAAAUAAUGAAAACGAGUUAAAUACCUAAUCCAGUCUUCUUUUUCGUGACUCUUAUUGAAGUUCUCCAUAUAACCUAUACAUUCAUUUUCAUGCCACUCUUCCACAAAGUUAUCAUCGUCUUUGUGCACAAGGUCAUUAGAGUUGAAUGAGAUGUUAAAUUAUCUUCGGGCUUGGGUCCACGUCUUUUAUUAAUUUAAUUGGAUUUUUCGAAUACCUUGAAGGUCUUUUCAUCGGAUUCCUUUCUUUAAUUCUUCUUCUUUUCAGUAUUGUCGAUAGAGCUUUGAAUAGUUGAAAUAGUAAUAUCUUCUUUUUGCGUUUUGAGCGUUUUGCGAGUUUUUGAAGCAUCUUCGAUGGUGUCAAUUUAGGAGGACCGAGCUGCGAUGAAAAAGUUUCUUUGGUAGGUGAUUUGUAGCCUUAGGGUAGCUUGAAAGGAACGGGCGUAUCUUUCGAUGUGCUGAAUUGAUUAAAAUUACUUUUGAGAUUGCUUUAUUUUCACGCGUUUCUUCUGACAUAUAGACAUAAUCUGGAAUUGCAUAUGUAUUGAGAGGAAUCACAUCACAUGCAUCGAAGCCUUUUGUAGCAUUGUCAACACAGGCAGGUUUCGACCGAGUUGUGUUUAGUGAGGUUCUAAACUGAAAUCGAUUAAUUUUUUUUCAAGUCAUAUGAAAAAUCACCAUGAAACACGAUCCAGAAAAAUUAUAUUUGAGUCAUUUAAAAAAUUAAAUCUAAAGUCUGCAGCCAGUGAGAAGUAUGUGAUUACAGGCUCAUUAAAAUGAUUUAAUUUUUUUCAGCAAACUCUAUAUUCUCUAAGUAGCUUGUGUGUGAUGUAUAUGCGUUUAAAAGGAGCAAUACUUUUCUAGUGGGCUUUUCCUUGCAAGAAAUGUGGUUUUAGCCAGUCCAAGAAAAGCUCACAAUUUACAUAAGCUGAUUUUUGAGAUAGUCACACUUGUAAACUCUUCUCUUAGAGUUUUUCCCUUCAUAUUGCAAUAGGGAGGUAAAAAUGUUCUCUUUUUACUUACCCAAGUCAAAAUCGAUAUAGUUUGAUCUUUUUUCUCCAGAGAUGAUGUUCGUUACACUUUUAGACCCCUUUGUUGUCAGUACUUCACUUUGGUGUUCAAUUAUUUUAAACCAGUUUCGUCUUUGUUAAAAAUGUUUCGAGGUUUGUUUUCUUCCAGAUUAUUCGAAGAGAGUUGAAAUAAUCAUUUACAUCAUUUUUGUUUCUACCCCGUGGUCGAGCAACGGAUACACCUGCCGAUUUUCUUAUAGGAAGCGAAUGAUUACGAAAUAAGAAUGAACGCAACCAAUCAUAUCCAGCCAUUUUUACUUACACGAUUGAAAUUACGAUUUAUUUUCAAGGUCCCUGCUAGUCCGUACGUCAUUUUCGGAACAGAAUUUCGACAAGGAUUGAUUUUUCGAUUUUGCAGUUUUUUCUUAUGUGGUUGACGAUUUUUGCUUUAUUUUCUAUCCCCAACAAUGAAGACGGUUGUAUAGCUGCCUUAUUAACAUUUUAUCACUUUAGACGAGUUUCAUAGUAGUUUGUGGGCUGUUGUAUGUUUAAAGAUUUGGCUGCAGCAUUGACUUAAAUGGGAGUAUUACCUUAUCUUCUACUGCUCUAAUAGCUUUGAUCGAGUUUUCCUCGCCCACCGGAAUUUUUUUUCCUGUAUACCGAAAAAAAAACAUCAAAAUCUAUUUAGGUAUGCAUUUUAUCAUAAAAAUUGGCAAUAUGUAUACUAUUAUAGAAAAACAGCAUGGUCUUCGGCAAAAGUGUAUUUUAUGUCCACUCCUUUUCAACGUUUAGAGUGAACAAUGUCUUCGUCUCCUUCUCCUCUUGUAGCUCCUCUUGGAGACGAAGGAAUAACGUUAAAAAUUUUAGAUAUGCCGAAGAUACAGCAGUAACAACAGACAACAUUAAAGAUCUGCUGAAUCGGCUGCAAAGAAUAAAUGACUCUUGUAAAUUCAAUAUGAGUUUGAAGAAAACAAAGUAUAUUGUUAUCACAAAACAACAAAAUACAGACGUCAACUUAAAAAUUGAUGACAUUCCAAUUGAAAGAGUUCAACUAUUUAGGCACAUUAAUGGACGAAACUGCUAAACAGUAAACAAUAAAUAAAAUCCAGAAUUGAAAUAGCUAGACAAUGUUCUAUCAAACUUAAGAAGUUUCUUUGGAGCAAAGACAUAAACUUAAAAUUAAGAACAAGAAUACUUCAGUGCUAUAUAUUUUCUACUCCAUUAUAUGGAGUGGCAGCAUAGAUCCUUUAGACAGCUGAAAUAAACAAACUGAUGAGCCUGUGAAAGAUGCUGCUAUCGUUGCAUGUUACCGAUUUCGUGGGUCGGCAGAGUCGAAGUGCUGCGUCGUAUGAAUAAAGAAGAAGAAUUUUAUUAAACGCUAAAGAAAAAGAAUCUCAAAUAUUUUAAAGAAGACAUUAUUAGAGGCUCAAAAUACCAAUUGUUGCAAAUAUUAUAGAGAGAAAAAUUUAGGGAAGGCGUUGUCGGGGUAGAAGAAGAACUUCAUGACUGAGAAACCUUAGAGAAUGGUUGGUUCUCAAUGAUGUCCAAUAAACUUUUCCGUGCAGCUGCAAAUCAAGUGCACAUAGCUUGUUGAUAGCGCAACCCCAGCUGACGGUACACGAAGAAGAAGAAGUAUUGGUCCAUAACUCGCCAUCCCCAUAUUAAAGGUCCAUUUAGGUUAAGUAAACGCCUAGACUCUUGCAGAAGCCACAGCUAUAAUAUGAAACCACUAGAGCUAAUAAUCGUAUAUGUGUAUGUGAACAAAUUUUGCGACUUAUUAGAGACCGAUAUUUCACAGGAUAAAUAACAAUAGCUUUGAAAUGAAAACCCUGCGUGCAUCUUUUACACGAUACUGUCGUGUCACAGCCGUCGCGUAUAUAAAUUAAGAACUAGAUCUCCGGUCAGCCUCUCCCGGAAUCACCCUACCUUAUUUUUGUCAUAGUUCAAAUAUUCCAAUUUUAAAAAUUUUUGGACGAUAUUUUUAAUAAUCACCAAAUUACGCAAUUUUGCGACUAAGUUUGAAUAUUUUAUCUUAAAAACUCUGAUAAUGUUUUGUUUACUGUAGGAUAACCUGCACUAAAUACAGUAGACAUCCGAAUCAUAUUUACUAUCCUAAGAAACAUAUUAUUGUUGUAGUAAGCCAAAGAAAACCAAACUCCCUCCCAAUUUAAAAAUAACAUAAUUCUGCCAUUUGUAAAUAGAACAAAUUCCGUUUACUGACCGAUAUAACGGUUAGUGGCAUUUAUUUUAUUAAUACCAUCAUUGUUUUGAGAUUAUUAUUAAUCCUCUUAUAUUUAGUCAAAAAGACUAUAGUGUUUUAGUCAGUGAUUAAGGUUAAUACAGUUCCACAAAAUGAUUAAGAAGAAUGUCAUAUUUUUCUACUUUAGGUAGGAAAAUCACUCCCUCCGCCCUUUCUAUCCCUCCCCCUUUACAAAACCACACACUAUACUAAGCUAAAAACGAUUACAAGCGCAUCAUUACCUUAAAAAAAUGUAAUAGUUACUUCUAUCUAUUCCCAUAUAAAAUUAAACUCAUUCCGCUGCUCCCAAAAAUACAAUUUUUAUAUCCCACAUUUAUUUCAUCAUCAUUGUAUAUAUACUAUGUCACUUUAUACCUUUUUUAGAAUGUAGGCACGUUACGGUAGGAGUUUUGUCUCGAGAAAAACUGAAGCAGGGAUUUUUUGUAGCUCGUAUUCGUAAUGUAGGAGUGUAGAAAAUACAGGGUGUUCCGUAAAAGAGGGAUAGAGCUUAUCACUUGGGAAAUCCCGAUUUUAUAUAGAGAGCGAACUUCUGUCGUUCUUUUGACACAGUUUUCGUAACUGAUUUUUAAUAAGUACUGCAAAAAUUUAUUCUUUGGAUCUCAUAAGGUUCAUUUGAAAUGGGCCGGUACUUAUCUUUUUAAUUUUAAAAUACAGGAUUUCAGCAAGAGAAUAUUGUUUUUUUUUAGUAAACUUUUAAUAGAAUUAAAUUGAUUGAUCACAAAUCCCAUACCAAAAACGAAAUCUUUAAACUCAGGCGUUUAAAAAAUCCCUCUCCCAACUACUGCCCAAUUACUUUAAAUAUUAUCCCAUCUUUAACUGACAUUUCCGCCUAAUUAUACUCGUAAAACAAUCGGAUAAUUUUCCAUAGGAUACUCUCUAGACCUGUGAAAACUUCUGUGAGACACCCUAUAACUUGUAGGAACGUUGAAAAAAAAACGGCUUCAUUUUUUUUUAUUUUUAAAUUUAACCACCUCCUGCAUAAAAAAUCAUUGGUCCACCUUAAACUUAAGAAUGCCAAACGUUUUUUACUCCUUCCUGUAUGUUAGGUUAUGUAGUUGUAGUUUUAGUGACGAAACAGUUCUAGCGUAUAUUGUGUAGUUUUUUUUUCGGGUAAAAUUUGAUUUAUUUGUUUAUUAAGGUUAAAUUACCUCAUAUGAAUUUUGGCAAUUUAAAAAAAAAACUUUAUUUUUAUCAAUACGGUGCUGCUUUUUUUGCCACCUUUCGGCCCACUAAAUACCGUGGCAUGAAACACUUAUUAGAAAAAAACAGAUGUUUCUAUAGAAAAACAAUUUAAAUACUUAUAUGUCUAUCUCUGUCUUACAUAUUAUACUUGUCAUAAUUCGGUCUCGUUCACCUUGGCAUCUUCAAGCUUUCUCUAUUGUGAUGACUCGGUACAACUGAUAGAGAAAACUAUGUGUGAGACAAAGAUGGUCUCUUCGAACAUAUUUAAACUUUUCUUGAAAACGAAAUAUCGGAAUUUUAAAACGCCUUCUUAUACAGUGUGACCCAUUUGUUUUCGGGUCACCCUGAUAAAAAGUUUAUUUUUGGUGCGAUUUUGCUCGGGUUUUUUUUAAAUGUUAGGUUCAAAAAAAACUGCAUCAUUAUAACAAAAAAAAAAUUCUGCCAUGCAAAUUCCAAGGCAUACUAAUGUCAGUUUUUAAAGACCAAAUUUUAAGAAACCAUGCUAGGCACUUUUUUAGCAAGAAAUUGUGCACACCACUGGAUUCGGUAUCCCCCAAAACGGCCUUAUACCAAAUUUCACCAAAAAAUAUUAAGUAAUAACAAUUUUAUAGCAAAAAAUAAAAAGGGAAAUUAUGCAUUUAUUUACAUUUAAAAAUGUGUAGAUAGCCAUGAAAAAAACAAAUUGAACAAAGAUAAUACAAGCAAAUAACAAUUCCAAACUAAAUACAAAUAAAAACAAACAAUAAACUAACAAAAAUAAAUACAAAUAAAAUAAAAACAACAAACAAAAAAAUUAAAAAUUAACCACUACUAAAUUCUUGAAAUUUCUAAUAAUCCACCAUUGUUUUCUAUGCCUUUUACAUUCCUUUUGCCUACAUUUAAAAUAACUUUACGGACUUGCUCUGGAGUAAUUUCUGAACAAACCUGAAUUAUUCCGACUUGUAGAUCUUCUGAAUUUUGAGGUCUUGAUUUGUGCACUUUUUCUUUAAGUAAGCCCCAGAGAAAAAAAUCGAGUCGCGUUAAGUCAGGGGAUCUCGGUGGCCACUCAACGAAAGGACUGUUUCGUCCUAUCCAACAGUUUUCAAAAUGUUGAUUUAACCAGUCUCUUACUAAACGAGCAUUAUGGACAGGACAUCCAUCUAAUUGAAACUUCAAAUUAAGGUGAUAUCUUAAGGGUAAAUCUUCUAAUGCGUUCGAAAAUUCAUUCUCAAGAAAAUUAAAAAAUUCAAUUGUUAAAUUACCAUUAAAGGGCCAAUAAUUUUGUCGCUUAGUAUUCCACACCAAACUUCCUUGCAUUUAUUAUAAAUUCUGGAUUCUGCACGGACCAGUGGCGGCAAUUUUGACUGGAGACUACGCCAUUUACCACAGUAAAAGUGGCUUCAUCGCUAAAAAGGAUUUUCGUCUAGAAAGUUUCUGUUGUUUAAAUAUUCUCCCUGAAGCCAAUAGCAAAACUCUAAUCUUCUUGCCUGGUCACCAUCCUCUAAGGUGUGUAAAAAUAUUGGCUUAAAUGCUUUUAUGUUAUUUUUUUGCAAACAUUUUCUUAUACUUUUUCUGGGGAUGUUAAGGACCAAACUAGCCGUUCUGACACUACUUCGAGGAUUGCCGUUAAAAUAUUCCAAAAUGUAAUUUUCAUUUCUUCUGAGCCCACGCCGUCCAUUAUGUCUAUUUUUAAGUAGAUUUUUCGAAACAGAUCCUGUUUCAUUGAAAAUUUUAUUAACACGUUGCACAGUACUUAGACUUACUGGUCUAUCAGGAUGCCUAAUAUUAGAUUCUCUGGCAGCUUCUCUCAUCGAACGCGUGUUACCACCAAGAAGACGAACAAUUUCAAUUUUUUCUCUUAAAUUUAAAUUUUCCAUGAUUACUAAUACUAUCUAAACACGUUCUAUUACCACUUUUGACAGUUAGAUGGCAAAUGUGACAAUUCAAUAUUUCAAUAAUUUUUAGACACAAUUUAGAAGUAAAGCGCAUUUCUUUUUUUUAUCAUAAAAUUGUUAUUAUUUAAUAUUUUUUGGUGAAAUUUGGUAUAAGGCCGAAUCCAGUGGUGUGCACAAUUUUUUGCUAAAAAAAUGCCUAGCAUGGUUUCUUAAAAUUUGGCCCUUAAAAACUGACAUUAGUAUGCCUUGGAAUUUGCAUGGUAGAAUUUUUUUUGUUAUAAUGAUGCAGUUUUUCUGGACCUAACAUUUAAAAAAAACCCGAGCAAAAUCGCACCAAAAAUGAACUUUUUAACAGGGUGACCCGAAAACAAAUGGGUCACACUGUAGAUAGAAGAAGAAUGGUUCCGUCAUAUAUAUCUGUCUUUUUCUAAUUUUUAAUUUAAAUACUUUGUAUCUUGGAAAUUAAGCAUGUACACAUUUGAAGUCACGUCUCUCUCUACCCUUAAUAUAUGACGUAAUUUAUGGGUUUACAGUAUUUUAAAGAAAAAAAAACUGAAUCUAUAAUGGAUCAAAUUUUAUCUAGUUAAUGAUGGUUUUACUAGGGCCGUUUUACUCGUAAUUCUUUGACUUUUAGUGCCAUUUUCUUACGCUAGAAUUGUAAACUGAAGGUAUUUAAUACACUUUUGUUUACUUUUUAGUGCAAUAACUCAUUGUUUUUUUAUUUUGUUUUCUCCAGUCAUUCGAGCUUUUUUUGUUUAAAUGUGUUUUCCUAUAUUAACCUGAUUUUAUAUAUUGUGCAUGUGUUUUGUUUUUUUUUUUUCAAAUUUUGUUGAGAGUAUUCGUUAUAUUGUAUUCUAGGAGUUUAGUUAAGUAGGCAACUCAGUAAUCUUUUAAUCAUGUAUUUAUAUAUAAUUGCAAUAUCCCUUUAUACAUAUUUUUAUACAAUGUAAGUUUUUUUUCUUCAUCGAACAAGUACUUAAUUAAAAAUUCCAUAUUUUUGCGGCAAUAUGUAAGGCGAAUGCCAUUAGCGUAUUAUACCCGAUAUUUUUAAUGUGUAUUCCUAUUUUUUCAUACGAAUUGUAUAAGAACCCAUUUUUUUUUGUAUAUAAAAGACAAAUAAAUAAAGAUGUGCUACUCUUGAGAUAA